UGAACAGCUGUGGAUUUGUUUAUCUAUAAUUUUUGUUAGCCGCAAUUGCUGUGCAGCCUGAUUAUCAAGGUUUUUGUGGCAAUGACCAGCCAUUUUAUGAGCGUACUGCGCCAGGCCUUCAAGACUUUCGAUCGCGCCAAUCUUGCCAGCUUCAAUGCCAAUCUGCAACAUCUGAAACAGUUAACUGAUGAGCUAACUUAUCGUGAUCUCCAUAUAAAGGAGGAGCUGUUCCGUGAUGAUGCCACCAAUGUGUCCCGAGCACCAUGCAGUUAUAUGCACAUCUUCGAGGAUGAGCGCUUCUCCAUGAGUUUGUUCAUUGUGCGCGAUAAUAAUUCAAUUCCACUGCAUGAUCAUCCCAUGAUGUAUGGCCUACUGCGCUGCAUCUGGGGUAAGUUGCAUAUCCAGAGCUACUCCCAGAAACUGGCCGCCGAUGAGAUGGUUCAGUAUGAGAAGAAUCCAACACUGGUCAAAGUAACCGCCGAGGAGCCCAGCGUGGUAACAGCUGAAUCAUGCAGCGCUUUACUAACGCCCCGCAAACGAAAUUAUCAUCAGAUUACGCAAGCCGGCAACGGCAUUGCAGCCUUCUUCGAUAUACUUAGUCCUCCAUACGAUGCCGAUAUGCCGAAAUAUGGUCCACGCCUUUGCCGCUUCUAUCGCCCUAAGCCGGAUGACGACGAGCUGCAGUUGCAGUGCAUUCCGUCGCCGUCUAGCUACUAUUGUGAUUUAACCCCAACGCCCAAGUCUGUGCUGAAAUGCUGUUUUAUUUGUGCCGCCGAAGUUUAUGGUGCCGCUGACUCCGACAUUCAGUGAAUUAUAUCCUUAAAA